AAUCAAUCCACGUACAUACAUGGAGAGGUUGGAUCUAGUAUAUACGUUGCCUCUGCACCUCAGCAUCCAUCCUACUUAGCAAGAGCAAGAGAGCAACAGCUCCCCCAAAAUUCAUUCCCAUCUGCUCAUAAAGUUUCACAUUAAUUAUAUAGCGCACCUAUAUAAUCAAUCAAUCAUCACUGGUAACGAACACCAAUACACCCAGAACUAGUGGGGAAGGAGGAGACAGAUUGUUGUAUAUUUACGGCCAACUUAACCCGAUUCUGAUACUCUCAAUGAAGGUGAUACUCAGGUAGCACAAAUGAUCAUAUGAAGAGAACAAGGACAUAGGACCGAUAUUCUGAUAACUUAUUAAAGAAUCCGGGUAGGAGGCAACCGAAAACGAGAAUGUUGAGACAAGCAUAUUAUGUGCCUCCUGAAACUUACAAACUGCAGAAACAUUAAAUCCUUUGCCCCUCAAAAUCCCAACAUAAGAGGACCUCUCUAUACUUAACUGCAAGCUGAUCAUCAUACAAUAGUACUAGAAUGGAUUAUGGAUUUGAGUUAGUAUUACUACUUGUAGUAGCCUUACUGCUGCUCAUGUUGGCUGCGCGAGCAAUCGCAAAUCAUGGAAAAGGCCGUUUGACCCGAAACCUUGGGCGUUUACCACCAGGCCCGAGGCGGUGGCCGGGAGUUGGCAACAUGUUUCAGCUUGGCUGGGCAGCCCACCGAUCAUUUGCGGAGCUGGCUAGUAAGCACGGCCCAAUCAUGACUCUUUGGCUAGGCUCAAUGUGCACGGUGGUGAUCUCGUCAAAUGACGUGGCUCGUGAGAUGUUCAAGAACCAUGACGCGGUUCUUGCUGGAAGGAAAAUCUACGAAGCCAUGAAAGGAGAUUUCGGAAACGAAGGCUCUCUUAUAACGUCGCAAUACGGUCCUCAUUGGCGAAUGCUGAAGCGAUUAUGCACAUUGGAGUUCUUCGUAACCAGCAGGCUGGAUGCGACGAUUAAUGUUCGUGAUAAAUGUAUUGGCCAAAUGGUUAAGUACAUUGAAGAGGCCGGGGGUUCGGGUAUUGGCGCCGUUGAUGUUGGGAGGUUUUUUUUCUUGAUGUCAUUCAAUCUGAUUGGAAAUCUCAUGUUUUCAAAGGAUCUGUUGGAACCCAACUCGGAGAGAGGUGCCAAGUUCUUUUACCAUGCUGGAAAAGUCAUGGAAUUCGCAGGCCAGCCUAACAUCGCUGAUUUCUUUCCCACAUUACAACGAUUUGAUCCACAGGGUUUAAGGAAGAAGACACAGUUUCAUGUCAAAAAAGCCUUUGAGAUUGCUGGAUUGUAUCUAAACGAAAGGAUGCAAAGUUUGGAUACUUCUGGAGAUGGACAAAGAGGAAGAGAUUAUUUGGAUGUUCUAUUGUCAUAUCGCGGGGAUAAUGUUGAAGGGCCUCCUGUUUUCUCUUCCCGAACAAUCAACGUUAUUGUGUUUGAAAUGUUCACAGCUGGUACAGAUACAACAACUAGUACACUGGAGUGGGCGAUGGCGGAGCUUCUACACAAUCCAAGAGUUCUUGAAAAGGUACAAACGGAGUUAAGAAGUGUCGUUAGUCCAAAUGCGCGGCUCGAAGAGAAGGACCUUGAUAAACUUCCAUAUCUUAAAGCAGUAGUGAAGGAGACGCUAAGGCUUCAUCCGCCACUCCCAUUCUUGGUUCCCCAUAUGGCAAUGGAUGCUUGUAACAUGUUGGGUUACCACAUUCCGAAAGAAACACAAAUUUUGGUUAAUGUUUGGGCUAUUGGAAGGGAUCCUACAGUGUGGAAGGAUCCUUUGGAAUUUAAGCCGGAGAGAUUUUUAGAGUCGAAAUCGUUGGAUUUUAAGGGACACAAUUUUGAGUUCAUACCAUUUGGUUCUGGGAGGCGAAUGUGCCCGGCAGUGCCCCUUGCCUCUCGAGUGCUGCCAAUGACUUUAGGUUCAAUUCUGCACUUGUUUGAUUGGGUUUUGGCUGAUGGGAUCAAACCAACAGAGUUGGAUAUGGGAGAGAAAAUGGGGAUAUCUCUAAGGAAGGCAAUCCCUUUGAAGGCUAUACCAAUUCCAUACAAAUGUUUAGCUUGAAAAUAAAUUGCAAGUAUGUUCAUAUAUAUAUCUAGUGCAAAUAACUGCGAUAGGAUUAGGAUGUGUGCCUAUGUGUAUCAAAAAUAGCAAAAGCCAAAUAGUUUAUGAUGUGUCGAGAAGAAAGGAAAACUUGAAUCGGCCACUCUAUCCUAUUUUAAAAGUUAAACCAAUGUGCUUCAAAGAAAUAGUUCCUCCGCUCCAAAAAAAUAAAAAAAUAAUAUAUAGAUAUUUUACAUUUUUAAUUAUGAAUUAUAAUAAAAAAUUCUUUCUGUUUU